AUGGUCCAGGUUGCCAUGGACUGCAGUGAGGCCCCUAUGAGGUCAUCAGCAAAAAUCAACCAGGACCUUACAAUCCGGAUCUGUAGAGCCCCCAAGCAGGAUGCUGACACUGGAGAAGGACAGAUAUUUCCACUGGAGGUGCACCUGGGCAGGGGUGGCAGAGGGUUUGUGUGUGAGAUUAUAGCACUGUAUUACUUGUUCAGUGGAGACACCCAGCUCACCAUUCUUGUUCAGCCCAAGAUCGUGCCUUCAGUUACUUUGUUCCUGCCCUCCUCUGAGGAGCUCCAUGCCAACAAGGCCACACUGGUGUGUCUGGUGAAUGACUUCUGGCGCCACGAUGAACCCGUCACCUGGAACAUGGAGACCACUCAACCCUCCAAACAAUGCAACAACAUGUACACGGCCAGCAGCUACCUGACCUUAACCCCUGACCCCUGGAAAUCUCACUACAGAAUAAGCUGCCAGGUCAUGCAUAAAAGGAGAAAAAUGUGGUCUUGGAAGAGUGUCCCUAGGUCUCCAACCCUCGCCUCACCCUUAGGGACCUAA